GUGGUGGUACUAGAUAUGUUCGCUUUUGUGGUUCCCGCGAAGUUUCGCAUAACCUUUCUUCUUCGCUUUUCGUGAGUGUUCCACACCCCCUAUCGCUUAGGUUAGCGACAUAUAUCAUUGUUAACAUAUACUCGACGAUUACCAGGACCUGACGCGUGAUAAAAACGUAUCUCUUACUGAAUAAUGAAAACUUUAAAUAACAAAGAGAUUUGUGAUUUGGCAGUUCGUUCUUAUUAGCAACGUAUACUAAGUAUUGAACGAACGUUUCCCUUUAUGAAUGCAUGCGAAGAGAACAAACGAUGAAUACAACUGCGAGAUUCGCGCGAAUAUUGUGAUUCGCGCGAAAAUUGCGAAAAAUUGACGGACACGGUAAAUUUUUUUGUUGUCUCAUAGAUCUUGCGUUAUUCGCUUGAAAGAAAAAUGAGAUAGAUGAGACAGAUUAAUCUUACAUGAUCCGCAAGUUCACGUCUGUGUUAAGUGAUAAUCUCACGUAGUGUUUUCUCUUCAAAAUACUUUUAAACGGCCAAUCACCAAAUGUCAAAAAACAAACUCAACUUAACAUUACCACCUGGCUCGAUAGAACCAGUACCAGAAGCAUCUCCUUCACCGCCGGUUCCGCCUGCGUAUCCGGAACCUCCAGAGAUGCCUGACGGCAUGAGGGACACAUUGAAUAUUGAUACUCUUCAAGCAAGACUAGAAGAUCUAGAAAUGGAUGAGGAACAAAAGAAACGACUAGAGAGCUUUCUGGGACAAAAAGAAAAAGUUGGAGAACUAUGCGGCGAAGAUUUUGAAAAGUUAGGUGAAUUAGGUUCGGGGAAUGGUGGCGUUGUUACAAAAGUCAAACAUAAAAAAUAUGGUCUUAUAAUGGCAAUGAAGCAAAUACGCUUGGAAGUGAAGCCACCUAUCAAGAAGCAAAUAAUUAGAGAAUUAAAAGUUCUUCAUGAAUGUAACUUUGCACAUAUAGUUGGAUUUUAUGGCGCUUUUUGCAGUGGGGGAGAAAUUUGUAUAUGUAUGGAAUAUAUGGAUGGUGGAUCGUUAGACCUAAUAAUGAAAAAAGCGGGACGAAUUCCAGAAUCCAUGAUAAGUACAAUCACAUGUGCUGUUCUGAAAGGUUUAACUUAUUUACGAGAUAAACACGCCAUAAUGCAUCGAGAUGUAAAACCAAGCAACAUCUUGGUAAACAGCGCGGGUGAAAUCAAGCUCUGCGAUUUUGGCGUUUCUGGACAACUGAUCGAUUCGAUGGCUCAUUCGUUCGUCGGCACACGAAGUUAUAUGUCGCCAGAAAGACUCCAAGGAUCACAUUAUUCAGUGCAAAGCGACAUUUGGUCGCUCGGUGUAUCACUCGUGGAAAUGGCGAUUGGGAUGUAUCCUAUUCCACCGCCGGAUGAUAAGCUUUUAGCUUCUAUAUUUGGUUCGGAAUGGAUGCAACACGCUGGGGAGAAUCCGACAACAGUUAGCGAAUCCUCCACGCCGCCUCCACGACCACCGACGAGACGUUGCACGCACACUCCUAAGCCGUUAGCGGUAUUCGAGCUGUUAGAAUUGAUAGUCAAUGAACCACCGCCAAGACUGCCAUCCGGAUUAUUCAGCAACGCUUUCAUAGAUUUCAUUGAUCGGUGUUUAAAGAGGAACCCAAAUGAUAGAGCAGAUUUAAAAACGUUAACGAAUCAUGAGUGGAUAAGGAAAGCUGAAUCAGAAAACGUAGAUCUCGCUGGAUGGGUAUGUCGUACUAUGGACCUAGAGCCGUCUACGCCAACACACUUAUCGACCGUGCAAUCCUGAAUAAAUGUAACUCUUACAUACUUGACUACGUAUAUUCGCGUUCAGUACUCCUAAGUUACGCCUUGGUUCAUCUAGGUUUUCAUUCGACCAAACAGUGGCGUAUAUAUCUCUCAUGUUCCCUCCUCUAGCAAUAUCUUUUUACGAAAUUAAUACAUCUACGUUUUUAGUAGGUGCGCCAAGUCCGUUGACUGUAUCAAAUGAACAUCGUGUCACUGUUGACUGUUGAGUGCGUUACGCAAAUGAUUACUCAGAUUUUACUUAUGAAAGCAGUCAUAAGGAAUUCGAUUGAUAUCACAUUGUUAUGCAUCUUGGUCAUUUUCUUGAUUUUUACAGGGAGAAACGACUACAUUGUAAUACGUGUAAUAAUUCGUCAAGUAUCACCAUGAUGUAUAGGAAACAUUUGUCUUGCGGAUCGGAUGCGUCGUGUUUCGCUCGGACUUUGCUUGUCCAAAUAAUUUACACGCACAGCACGCCACUGUGCCAAAUAUUAAUUUCAUUCACAAGAUUCACUUUACGUGUUCGUCUUAUGCUUCUGUUAAAAGUAUGUAAGAUGACACACAAAUUGCAAUAUAAGUUUAUUAUUAGAUUCAUGGGCAAAUUGUGUUCCCCAUGAUAUGAUAUUAGGAUGCGCGAAUGAGCAUUAAACCUACGAACAUCAUUUGAGAAAAUUAAUUAGUUACUUGUAUAAGAUUUGUACCUGACAUCCAUAGAAAUGUUAUUUACACGAUCAAAAAUUUCAUCUUUAAUCAUGUUAAACCGUUGUUUUUGUAUCAGUGCAUAACUUUGAUUAAACACGCGGUUGCUGUCUUUAUUUUCAAUCACUCGCACGCGCGUUGUGCAUACCACAUACGAAUUAACACAUGUCUUUAAUUUUAAUCGUAUGCGCGCACGCACAUCUCACCACGCACGCACGCGCACGCACGCGCGCGCGCGCGCACACACACACACACACACACACACACACACACACACACACCCACACACACCCCAUAGAAACACAAAACGCAAACACACGCGCUUUUUACACUAUAUAGUAUAGUAAUAGUAAUCAUUUUCAAAAAAGGCAAUUUAGAGAGAAUAUUUUGAUAAUAUAAUUCAAGUCUUUAAAAUUAAUUCGCUUUCGAUUAUAAAAAGUCUUGCAAAUUUAUUAACAUUAAUAUAUAAACUCACAUUUAAUAGACUAUUAUGUACAUUUAAGAUGUAAAAGACCAACUAUCAUCGCAUAAUCAAUCCUUCAAUGACAAACAUACAAAGUAAAAAAAACUUGUCUCAUUU